AUGGACUAUCUUGGAAAGGACAUGCGAAAGUCCAAGGAGGAUAAAACAGAAGGAGAUGAAAAGGAAAUUAAAGUUCUUGAUGAGGGAGAUAUUGCUCUUCUGAAAUCAUAUGGCGCCGGCCACUACAGUCGAGCAAUCAAAAAGGUGGAGGAAGACAUCCAGGGCACUCUGAAGCGAGUCAAUGAACUGACGGGCAUCAAGGAGUCGGACACUGGUCUGGCGCCGCCGGCGCUCUGGGACCUGGCAGCCGACAAGCAAACGCUUCAGAAUGAACAGCCACUGCAGGUGGCUCGCUGCACCAAGAUCAUCAAGGCGGAAAACGAGGAGCCAAAGUACAUCAUCAACGUCAAGCAGUUCGCCAAGUUCGUCGUCGAUCUGGCCGACUCUGUCGCCCCGACCGACAUUGAGGAGGGCAUGCGAGUGGGCGUUGAUCGCAACAAGUACCAAAUUCACGUUCCUCUGCCGCCGAAGAUUGACCCCACCGUGACGAUGAUGCAGGUGGAGGAGAAGCCCGAUGUGACCUAUGCCGACGUGGGCGGCUGUAAGGAGCAGAUUGAGAAGCUUCGUGAGGUGGUGGAAACGCCGCUGCUGCAGCCUGAGCGCUUUGUCAACCUUGGCAUUGAGCCGCCGAAGGGCGUGCUGCUCUUUGGCCCGCCCGGCACCGGAAAGACGCUCUGCGCCCGAGCCGUGGCCAACCGGACAGACGCCUGCUUCAUUCGUGUCAUUGGCUCUGAGCUGGUGCAGAAGUACGUCGGAGAGGGAGCUCGAAUGGUGCGCGAGCUGUUUGAGAUGGCGCGAAACAAGAAGGCCUGCCUCAUCUUCUUCGACGAGAUUGACGCCAUCGGCGGGGCGCGCUUCGACGACGGCGCCGGCGGCGACAAUGAGGUGCAGCGAACGAUGCUGGAGCUGAUCAACCAGCUGGACGGCUUUGAUCCGCGCGGCAACAUCAAAGUGCUGAUGGCCACCAAUCGGCCGGACAUUCUCGACCCGGCGCUGAUGCGACCCGGUCGCCUUGACCGCAAGGUUGAGUUUGGCCUGCCCGACCUGGAGGGCCGGUCACACAUCUUCAAGAUUCACGCCCGCUCGAUGAGCGUCGAGCGGGACAUUCGCUUUGAGCUGCUCGCCCGCCUCUGUCCGAACAGCACCGGCGCGGAAAUUCGCAGCGUCUGCACCGAGGCAGGCAUGUUCGCCAUUCGCGCCCGGCGGAAGGUGGCCACGGAGAAGGACUUCCUGGAGGCGAUCAACAAGGUCAUCAAGUCGUACGCCAAGUUCAGCUCCACGCCUCGCUACAUGACCUACAAUUAG